AUGUCACAGGAUAAAUCAAUAACGCUAAAAAACCAGGAAUGGUACUACUUUAAGUUGAAAUUAAUCAUUGAUAUACCUGAAGGUAAUCCAUCUUUAGAUGCCCUAGGAUGGAAGAAAUUGAUAGUUCAGGCCCUUAAUCAAUUCCAGGGAGUGAUGGGGCAGUCAAUUCAAUGCGAUAUUUUGGCAAAUGACGAACAUAACCUUGAAUGCAUAGUAAGAGUGCCGACAAUGGACCAAACAAACUUCGUCAACUGCAUGGUAGCCUCAAGUUUAAUCGUUGAGCCUGCUACAAUUCAAAUCAAUAAAAGCAGUCUUCCGAUGGAUUCUAAACAUCUUCCAGGAUCACUUAGAGUGGAGAAUCGGAGUCAGUAUUUGCUUGGUGUUACCGGACCUGACAGAUUCAAAUGGUACAUAUAG